GAAUAGCUGGUUUCACGCCCGUUAGGAUAGCGGACUCAAGUCCGAGCUCUUUCAAUUGGCUGUCGAGCUGCUGCCAAGAGUGCAAUGAUCACUUGCUCUCAGGCUCGAAGCGUACUUAAAACGUCUGAAUUGUCACACGCAGCUUGUAACCAGCCGGGCGCCUCGUAGUACUUCAAGCCUUUGCACUAUCGUUGCUGCGCGCCGCGCACUGCGAGCUGCACUUCGUGCUCACAUCUCUUCUGUGGCACUGCGGCUGGAUGUUGUGUGGACUCUGCGGGCCGGUCGCCGAGCGAGGCCUGCUGCCAAAGAGCGUGACGGCCGUCAGGCAUGUAGUAGUGGCUGCUCCGAUGCUUUUAGACUGCGCAAGGCCCUGAGCGAGAUCGAUUUUUGGCUCUGGCCCGCGCCGGCCGUUAAUCAUUCGCUGCUCGGCCAAAGACUCGCCUGUCAGCGAUGAUGCCGACUAGUCACAGCAACAGCGAUAAUGCCUUCGUGCUCGAGCGACUGGCCAAUGGAGCGUUUUCGGCCACCAGGAAUUGAUGUGCAUACUGACAUGACCGGAGCACGCACGGCCAUGCCAGUAGUAACACCAAGGCGGACCGUAUUGACACACAUGCUCUGCUACACGUCGGCACAUGUGGGGAGCCCUGCAACCACUCAUACGACGCGGUAGACGCAACGGCCACCGCCACCGCAACAACCUUCCGCAACUUUGGUGCUUCCCGCGGCAGCAGCGGGGUAAGCGGGGGCAACGAGGGUUCAAACCUUCCCAGCGCCUUCAGCAGUGGCCUUCACACGUACAUCAAGAGUGAGGAUGCACGGUCAGCAGCCGCCAGCCAUUCAGGCGUCGCCGCUGUGCAAGGAUGUGCCGCGAAUGCCCCCGUCAGCACUCACCAUCAUUAUGGUGAGGGCAUGGCCGCGGGUGGCUCGUCACGCAGCUUGGCGCGCUGCAGCGGCACCCACAGCGAGCCACCAGCGCCGCCCGCUGAGACCGCACCGCCACAGCAACAGCGACAGCUGUGGCAGACACACCGGCAUAGCUCCGGUGCGUCCUUCUUCCCGGCACUGCCGCCCCACCGGGCAACAGCCGCUGCACAGGCUCCGACGCCUCCUCCGCCGCCGCCACAGUCACCACAAUCCCGCGGUACAGCUCCAUUCCAAACGAGCGCCGGCGGCUUCUGCAAUACGCACGGCGUUCACAGCAACGGCGGAAGCGGGGGCGCGGCCGGCAGCCCAGAGGUCGGCGCUGGCCACAAGCGUGGCUCUUCGCCUUCUCGUGUGCACAAGUACCACCAACCGCCGCCGGCUGGUGAGCCUUUGGACUACUGCCAGCCGCCGGCAUUUGCAAUGCCUGCAACCCUGCCGCGGCAGCGGACGCAGCGCUCAUGCCAGCCGACGACGCCGCACCAGGCGUCGGAGUCGCAGGACCAGCAGCAGCAUCCACAGCAGCGGUGGAAGGGCGGGAGCACGGCUGCUGCAGCGGAUGAGGACUGUGCUGCAGAUGACCUGCUGCUGGUCAAUCGGGGGGCUGUGGGCCUACUGGAUUUGAGCGGCCGCGCGGGGGAGCUGGUGCGCCUGGGGCAAGGCCUCGCGCACAAGCUCAAGGGCGUACAGUCUGCGCGCGCCUCGCUGCAACGGCUGGAGUUGGAGCUGGGCCAUGCGCUAGGUCGCCUGAGGUCCCAGCUGCAGGCAACACUGCGGCAGCAGCACCCACACCAGCUGCUACCGCCCGAGUGGAUACAGCUGCUACAGCCCCCGCCCCCGCUGCUGGCGGUUGCAGCGGCAGGGAACGCGGAAAUGGAGGACAGCUCACCACCGCCACGCAGUGCGCUGCCGUCACCACCUCAAAUGCUACAGCCGCAGCCGAGUUCAACGCCGCCGCGAGCGCCGGAGGAACUGCCGCUGCCAUUGGCGGCUCCUCAGUCGCCAUUUUGGGAGCAGCGGGCGGCGGUGGCCGCCACGACCGCCACUGCCAGCGGCGGUCAUCCCGGGUGUAAUGCUGGUACGGCUGCGGCCGGUGCUGCCGCAGCCGCUGGCGCCUCUACCGCCGCUCGCACCUCUGCCUCCGCCCCCGCUUGUGCCGCCAGCACGGCUAGUCUACAGCGGCAGGAGCGCACGGCGGGUGGCGGCGUAGCUCAAGGAGGUGCCCAGCCGGCAAUUGCUCCGCCCACGUCGCAGCCGCCUGCAUCGCCACCUGCGUCGCAGCCCCGCUGCUGGCCCCUCGGCGUGUUGCCACCCAUGGAGCUCGUCUCGUCCGGCGGAGCGCCAGCGGCGCGCGUCACGCCAUUGGGGCGACGAGCGUAUGCAGCUGCCGUAGCCGCCGCCAGUGGUGUCCCUGCACCGGUGGAUGGCAGCAGCAGUAGGAGCAGGAACAAGCGUGCAUUGGAUUCAACCAGUGCUGAGAAAGGAGGAGGAGAGGAGGCAGCCCUGAGGUUGCUGGCUGCGGCAGCCGCAGCCGCAGCCGCAGCCGCCGUCACGGCAGGCGACCAGCCGCCGCUGAAUGCGCGCCGCCGCAGCCAUGCAGCUAGGGAAACCACGCAGCCACCUAAGCCAUCACCCUCAAAGCUGCCGACAGCGGCACAGCAGGCGGCGCCACAGCCUCGUGACGGCGGCAGCUUUGGUAACACUAGCAGCGGCGGCGCCGCCGCCGUCCCUGCCACCGCCAGCACUGGCGCAGCCGUGCCCAUGUCGACGAUCGACGCCGCCGCCGCUGCCGCCAUCGACCCAAUGCUUUGGGACGAGUCGCCCGCAGAUGACGUGCUGCGGGCUGCGGCUGCAGUUAUGAAGUCUGCAUCUGUGGCUGCCGCCGCCGCCGCUGCACCUGCGUCGGCGUCAGCGUCCGUGCAGCUCCCGGCGCAUUCGUCAGCAAAGCGCCCGCGCUAUAGCGACAGCGGUGCUGAAAGCGGUGGCAGGGCGCAAGGUGGCGAGAUGGUGGCGGCAGCGGCAGCGGCAGCGGCGCUGUCUUCGGCAAUGAUGCCACCGCCGCGGCCAAGGCCUGCAGCGGCUGCGGCGAGGGAGCAGCCGGCAGGCAUGCCGGUCGCCGCGGCGGCGGCGGCGAGAGUGAUUGAGGAGCAUAUCGAUGUGAUUGGCCUGCUCCGGGGCCUGCUCCAUCAACAUCAGGGAGGAAAGUAGCGGUCCCCCCCUGCCCCUGCUACCUCCCCUGCCCGCAACAAAUGGUUUCACAAAUAAAUGGAUUGCCUGAGUCUCGCAGAAUGUCGAUGCAUUGUAUGGACGGGUCGGUCAUGCAUUGUGGGGGGCAGGUGACAAAUGCAUGAGAAUGGCACACCAUCUGUUUGGCAAGCCAUGACUCGCAGUUGACAAACAAGCACGGUAUUCAAAUCAAUGCAUAUAUGCGAGGGGUGUGGCGCUGUGUGGCGCAACAGUGCAUGUGCGCGCUGUUUGUCUUAGGCAUGAUGCAUUCGCGCAUGACGAACAUGAUGCAUCUUUAUCAUUGAAUCAGCACGGUCGUGCACGUGUUCGUGUGCUGGUGGGAUAAUCCACCGCAUGUACGUUUUGUCCAUUUCGCUGUGCUUGCCAACUGCAACCCUGGGUGUCUUUUGGCGACAGAAGGAUUUUGCUCACGCAUAUCCCACGCCCCAUGUACAAAUAGCCGUUUCGAUAUACAUCAAACAAUGUCACUCGUUCAUACGGUAAUGAGCCCCUACAGGGCGGUCAUGGCAAAUGGUAACACCAGGUUACGCGAGGGACGCGCUACUGAUGCGCCGCUCACGAGCGAGGAUUACGGAUGGGCCAUGAUGGGCUGGUAUGAUAGAGCCUGGUAGAGCAUGCCGCACCGCACCAACACUGAUUUCUAUUACUUCUGUUUUGCACCCUUCUUAGGUGCGCUUGCGUGAGAGUUUGGGGCUGGUGAACGCAGACGUGUACGGUAUGGUGGUCUCAACACGUUAGCGGUCCAGGGCACUUCAACACGAUGGCACGCCUGCUUGCCCCAUUACAACAAGAAUGGGUGGGUUGCGAUCCUGUGAAACGCGUUUAGACACAGGGGCUGCAGCGUCUCUGUUUAACGCGGUUGUAAAGUAUCUGCGGC